AUGCAUAACGUCAUUGUCGUGAUGGUCACUGCACGAAGCACGUUUGACCAAGGAUUUGACAUGUCCGCGGUAUCUGAUUCUUUGAAAGUGUGCAUUACAGGGGCCUGCACGUCCAAGGCAUCUUCCGGUUCUGAGAGACAGACCAAGACCGGCGCGACCGGGCAACGCCUCAAGGAAGCCACCAAGAUCAACCUAUCCCUGUCUACCCUGGGUAAUGUCAUCUCAUCGCUGGUGGACGGCAAGAGCACUCAUAUCCCGUACAGGAACUCCAAACUAACCAGGCUCUUGCAGGACUCCCUUGGAGGCAAUGCCAAGACUGUGAUGUGUGCCAACAUAGGACCCGCUGAAUACAAUUAUGAUGAGACGAUUAGCACCCUGAGGUAUGCCAACCGAGCUAAGAACAUCAAGAACAAGGCGAAGAUCAAUGAGGAUCCAAAGGACGCCCUCUUGAGAGAGUUCCAGAAAGAAAUUGAGGAACUGAAGAAACAGAUCUCCGAAUCUGGAGAAGGACUGGAUGAUGAUGGAGAGUCCGGCUCGGAGGAGAGUGGAGAAGAAGAAGAGGGGGAAGGAGGAGAAAAGAAGAAGAGGAGGGGCAAGAAAAGCAAAAGAAAGCUCUCGCCGGAGAAGAUGGCUGCCAUGCAGAAGAAGAUCGACGAAGAGAAGAAAGCGUUGGAAGAGAAGAAGGACAUGGAGCAGGAAGAUCGGAACAUGGUGGAGAAGGAACUUCAGAGGAGAGAGAGUGAACUUCACAAGGCACAGGAGGACCAGAAGAUCUUAAACGAGAAGCUCAACGUCAUCCAAAAGAAACUGAUCGUGGGCGGGGUGGACCUCCUGGCCAAGUCCGAGGAGCAGGAGCGGCUCCUGGAGCAGUCUGCCCUGGAGAUGAAGGAGCGCGUGGCCAAGCAGGAGACCAUGCGGAAGAUGAUGGAGGAGAAGGAGCAGGAGCGCCUGGACAUCGAGGAGAAGUACAGCAGUCUCCAGGACGAGGCCCAUGGAAAGACCAAGAAGCUCAAGAAGGUCUGGACCAUGCUCAUGCAGGCCAAAUCAGAGGUCGCUGACAUGCAAGCGGAGCACCAGAGGGAGAUGGAAGCCUUGCUGGAGAACGUCAGAGAGCUGAGUCGAGAGCUCCGUCUUUCCAUGCUCAUCAUCGACAGCUUCAUCCCGCAGGAGUUCCAGGAGAUGAUAGAGCAAUACGUACAUUGGAAUGAAGACAUUGGAGAAUGGCAACUCAAAUGCGUGGCUUACACAGGAAACAACAUGCGCAAGCAGACACCUGUCGCAGAAAAGGACAAGAACCUGGCCUACGGCGAGGCGGAUCUGUCCAAUGUUUACCUGACAUAUAACCUAGAGGGUGGUGGCAUGAAAUAUAAACCGUCGCAGGGUAAAUCAGGAAGGCCAAAGACGUCAUCAGGGAGACCAAAGACUGCCAAAAAGAAGCAAGCAUCGAUGGCAAGCUCUAUUGAUGCUCUCUUACAAUAAAUGAGUUCAGUUCCCUGAAGCAUUCUUGGCGAGCAUUCGUAAACCAUCAGAGAUUUGUAGAUGACUGUCUUCAUGCCAGAGAACUAGCGUACAUAUCCAGCCACCUUUGGAUGAUAGAGGGCGACAUCUACAUGUACCUAGACAGCUAAAAUCUGUCCGUUUGGAGGAGUUUUAAAACACUUCUUGACGCAGACGGCGGGCUAGCCAUCUCGCACAGAGUGUGAGGGCUCAAUGUAUCAUCCCCUCCAAAUGGGUGUUUUUAUUUUGGAUGAUUGUUACAUUGUUAUAAAAAUGCACCAAGGUGGUGUACAAAAAUUAUUCAUAUAUCAUUUUUUUUGUCUCGCCUGCAUAGCAGAGCGAGACUAUAGGCGCCGCUUUUCCGACGGCGGCGGCGGCGUCAACUUCAAAUCUUAACCUAAGGUUAAGUUUUUUAAAUGACAUCAUAACUUAAAAAGUAUAUGGGCCUAGUUCAUGAAACUUAAACAUAAGAUUAAUCAAGUAUUAUUGAACAUCCUGCCCGAGUUUCAGGUCACAUGACUAAGGUCAAAGGUCAUUUAGGGUCAAUGAACUUAGACCAUGUUGGGAGAAUUAUUUUCAAAAUCUUAACCGAAGGUUAAGUUUUUUAAAUGACAUCAUCACUUAGAAAGUAUAUGGACCUAGUUCAUGAAACUUGGGCAUAAGGUUAAUCAAGUAUUAGUGAACAUCCUGCACGAGUUUCAGGUCACAUGACCAAGGUCAAAGGUCAUUUAGGGUCAAUGAACUUUGGUCAAGUUGGGGGUAUUUGUUAAAUUACUAUCAUAACUUAAAAAAUUUAUGGAUCUAGUUCAUGAAACUUAGACAUAAGGUUAAUCAAGUAUUAGUGAACAUCCUUCCUGAGUUUCAGGUCACAUGACCAAGGUCAAAGGUCAUUUAGGGUCAAUGAACUUUGGCCAAGUGGGGGUAUUUGUUGAAUUACCUUCAUAACUGAAAAUUUAUGGAUCUAAUUCAUGAAAUUUGGACAUGAGGUUAAUCAAGUACCACUGAAUAUUCUAUGCGAGUUUCAGGUCACAUGACCAUGGUCAAUGGUCAUUUAAGGUCAAUGAACUUUGGCCGUGUUGGGGUCUUUGUUAAAUUACCAUCCUAACUCUGAAGGUUUAUGGAUCUAAUUCAUAAAACUUGGACAUAAGAGUAAUCGAGUAUCACUGAACAUCCUGUACGAGUUUCAGGUCACAUGACCAUGGUCAAAGGUCAUUUUAGUCAAUAAACUUAGGCCAUGUUGGGGUAAUUGUUGAAUUGCCAUCAUAACUUUGAAAGUUUAUGGAUAGAGUGAAUAAAAUGUGGACAUGGGUGUAGUUGACAAGUCUUAAGUCACCGUUCAAAUGUCAUCUAUGGUCAAUGAACGUGGUAUUAUGUCAUUAUAUGAAUGGUGUUUUUGUGAAUGAUUAUUUUAUAGUAGUUUUCAAAGUUAGCACUGCUGCUAUAUUAAAUCGCGUAAUGCAGGCGAGACUGCCAGAGGAGUUCCACUUGUUUAAAUAAUAAAUGUAUUAAUGGUAAAAAUCAAGUAUUAUAUUUUGGGCCGUAGGUCCCCUGUACACAGUGUUAAGAAUGACUUCAGUCUAUGUGUAUGGAGGAGGUGCAGCGAAGCAAGAUGCACUUGAGCUGAGCAACUGAUGAAACAGAGACUGGAGCUUUCGGUCUACGUACAGACCAUCCAGCCAUCUAUGAUUGAAAAAGGGCUACGUCUACCCUGCUCAAGUUACGUAUUAUAGGUUGUUUCUUUGCAAACUUAAUACAGUGUUGUGGAUCGUGUUUGUGUUGCCACAAAAUCAACACCCACCUUUCAACACCGUGGUCAUGUUUCAUAAGACUUCUAAAUGCACAAUUACUAUAGCAAAUUCACUAUCAGCCAAUCAGAUUGAAGGAUUUCAGUAGCUUUUAUCUGUUCGUGCAAAUUCGUUAUUAUAACAGGUUUUAUGAAACGGGCCCCAUAUUAAGAAUCAUCCAUCUACUGUGUCUAAUAGGGACUGCAAAGUACCAUCGCUGUUUCAGCAAAUACCAGUCAAUUAACAAAUCCCAUCAAUAUUGGCUUGACCUAUUUCACUUAAUGUAUUAUUUUGUUUUUGUUGUAUAAUUAUAGGUGUCAAAGAUAUCGACUUUGAUAUCGUUUUGAUAAUAUUGAAAAGGAGUGAAACUACCUUUUAAAUUUGAUUUGAUUUAUUAUUUCACAUUCCACAGAAACCUACAUCUUGAGAAAACGAAUACAUAAUGAAAAAUUAUGUUGACUGUUUUACAAAAGAAAUAGAAUAAUGCAAAAUAUGAGGAACCUAUUAAGAAACAUGGCUUGUAUAUAUGGUUCCCAGAAAAAAAAUUUAAAAAAUCAAAACGCAAUGAAGAAAGUUUAAUCAAAUGAAGAAUCAUAAAGUAUAUAGAGGUCUACAUGAUAGUUAGUUAAAUAAAACAUAAUUUACCUCCAUACAAACAUAUGAUUGGAAUAGAAACUUUUUUAGUCUACAUUAAAAAGAAUACAAUGAGGGCAAUUGAAUUGUAUCAUUGUCUAAAUUAUUUUGAAAGGAAGGCCCUGUGAAGAUACAUAUAUUGAGAGCAAGAAGAAUAUGAACUGAGGAAAUGGGAAAAUUGUGUACUUGUCGAGUUGGGUAGUCGUGGAUUUCUUGAUUUUCAACAAGCAAACAAUAAAGUACACUUUGUAAUUCAUGUGUAUUUAGUUAAUAAUUCAAUAUACCAACAAAAUAAUAACAUAAAGCUGUUACUUUCAAUAACUGGUUUGAAUAAUUAGUGGAUAAGUAUGAGCCAGAAAGUCAGAAAAAGAAAUUGUCCUUACAGCUCUUUUUUUAUAUUUUAAGUAUGGAUUUAAGUUUUGUCUCGAAGGCAUUUUCCAAGGCUUAAAUUCCAUUAUUCGGAAUGGUAACAGUAGAGUAGAAUACAAUAGUGUCAAUUAUGAGAAUAUGAGGUUUUAUUUAUCAAUUCUUUCGAGAUCUCUUGAGGAAUUUUGUAGAUUCAAUUAGUUCUAAAACAUUACCAUUCAUUAAAACAAGACCGGGCAACAUGUGUAAUGAGUUGCUGAAAACCAUAUAAUUUGUCUUUUCAAAAUUUGAAAGAUAAUAUUAGCUUGUAUUCAAUCACACACAGAGCAUAAUUUAGUGUUAAGUCUUUCAAGAAAUAUCUGAGGAUUGAGUGUAGAAAAUCAGCUAGUGUCAUCUGUGAAAAAAAGAAAUGAUAUUUGAUUAAAUGAUAGGAAUUACAUACAAUGUAUUAAUAUCUCAUCUGCUGUCAAUUAACUUUUUGCCUGCUUUGUUUGGGGUGGCAGCUGGUCGCACUUAUUAGCAAAUUUCAGAGUUUCAUUGCCAUUAUGAGUGUGAAUGUAAAAGGGACUAAGCUGCUAUGUGUAUAUCUUUCUAUCAAAUUUACUAAUAUUACUAUAGACUGUAGUGUAAUGAUUAUUCAUAAAGGAUACACCUUUAUUGAUUUUGAUGAUAUCAUCUAAAUUAUAAAAAUGCUGGCAAAUUUGAUGGAACUUCAACAUGCAGAGCAAUACUAUUAUGAUAAUGGGUGUAUUUGAAAUCAAUCCUGGCGGGUGUUUCAUAAAGCUGUUCGUAAGUUAAGAGCAACUUUAAGAACGACUGGUGAUCCUUUCUUGAAGUAAAUGGUAUUGAAUUGGCGAUUGUUUAGCACAUAUAAGAAGGGUUCACCAGUCGUUCUUAAAGUCGCUCUUAACUUACGAACAGCUUUAUGAAACGGCCCCCAGGUGGGUGUUUGUUUCAUAAAGCUGUUCGUAAAGUUACGAACAACUUUACGCACGACUGGAACAUGUUCUUAUGUCUUAACUCAAUUACACAGGGAUAUCACAUAGCACAAGAAAGGAUCACCAGUCGUGCGUAAAGUCAUUAGUAUCUUACGAACAGCUUUACGAAACACCCACCUGGUAUGUGUUGAACUUAAAUGUAAUGUUAUAUUUGUAUUUUCUUCCUUUGCAUAUUAGAUGUUAUUUAUUGUAUAUUACUGACCAAUUUAUACCAAUAUGAUGUACAUAUCUUUCAAAUGUGUGAAAUUAGUUGUAUAUUAGCUUUGUGUGCAAUAGUACUUAUGUGGACACAGAUUCACUGUAUAUAAAAAAACCCAGCGCACACUAUGCAACGCGAUUGCACUAAGAUCCGACUGCAAUGAAAUCAGAGUGUGUGCCAACCUACAUCACGCUGCAACCGCAAACCGCUUUGUUGCAGACCAAAUCUUUCUGCGAUUUUACUAGAUGUUUCCUAGACGAUGACGUCAUGGCCAAUUUGCUGUAACAUACAGUAUACACACAGGAGAGGCGCCAUGAGAUGCAGCGCGUUACAGCAGAGAUGCCAACCCUCCCGAUUUCAUCGGGAGGCUCCCGAAAAUUCAUCCCAACUCCCGCCCUUACGAUUACCAUCCUUAUCCUCCCGAAAUUACGAUUUUUUUUGCAUUGAUCAAAUUGGAUUGGAAGUACAUGUAUCGUCUGCUGACUUAAGCAUGUAGUAACUCCAUUACGUUUCGCUGCUACUAAAUUCUGUGUGAAAGGCAGACAAAUAAGGAGCAGCGAAAAGCUGGUGCAUGUGAUAUGCCCAACGGGAAUCCACUGUGCACCAGGCCGGUAGGCCCGGCUAGCUUCGCGAGGCGUGUGCGCUCGCGGCCGCUGGAUUUGUCGAGUCGUGCGAUGGAAUAUCGGUGUGUGAUUUCGGCGUAUUGAUGGGUUGAUAUUGACACGAAAUGGCGGAAAAUCAACAAAAAAAGACCAAGAAAUGGUCUCAGAAGUAUAAGACUGAAUACAGUCUCCAGUACCCGUGUAUUCGGAAGUCGGAAAGAGGAAUCUACCAUGCAUUUUGCACAAUUUGCAGCGUGGACAUUAAAGUUGAGCACGGAGGUCGUGAUGAUAUUCGGAAGCACGUAGGGAGCAAACGGCAUACGGACAUUGCGAAGACGAGAUCUUCGAGCUCCACUAGUACCCUGUUGACUUAUUUCACCAAGCAAGGGACCAGCGAGGAGGAAGACGUUACCCGCGCUUUAAUAAUAAUAAAGAGGAUAAUUCCUCAUUAUUAUAGUUGAACAGGUACUUUUCUUCUAUUGUCCCCUCAUUUUUUUUACAUGUAAAAUGCAUAUUUGAUAUUUUUAUUUUUAUGUCAAAAAAGUGGGAACAAUGUUUUUUUAAAAACAUGUGAAAUGCUCCAAAAUAAGGGUCAGAUUGCACCAGAGAGCAUCUAGAAACCCAGAGCUUCCAGGGCCCUAAGGCGGGCCCUCGACCCCGGCCGCAAGGGUCGAGCGCUCCGCGCUCGAGAUGUGCGCUACGCGCACAUAAUUUGGUGUCGGUUGCAAAUCCUCCCUAAUUCUGAUUUCCAAAAGUUGGCAUCUCUGGUUACAGAGCUGUUUUGCAAUGUGUGCGCUGGCCCGCGAUGCCAUCGCACCGAGAUGUGAUUGGCAACUUGUUGCUCUCGGAACUUUGUGCAUUCGCGUCGCAUAGUGUGUGCUGGGCUUAAAGAUUGUAUUCUUCAUUUUCCAUAUGCAUCUUAUUCUUAAAAUGCCAUUUGUUGAUAGCUGUGGCUUUGAAGUUUGUUAUGAUCCCAACUGUUUUCUGUGCUAUAUUUUUUUUGCAACUGUCCAAAUAGAAACCUUGUCGUUUUUGUGCCGUCCUGUGAAAAUCUGUAUUCAAGUUGAUUUUGUCUCUAAUUUUAAAUUGUUUAAUGUUCAUCUUUUUAUAUCAAUAAACUAUUAUGAAAUUUGAA